AUUUUUAUAACUUAAACUUUCCACAUAAAACAGUUCCUGAUAUAUUUAGGAUGAUCAGGCGUUUGUUUUCAUCUUAUAAAAAAGUGCCUCGAGUAUGUGUUGUGGGUGCAGGCCCGGCCGGCUUUUAUGCAGCUAUGCAUCUGAACAAAAAACUUGACUCUGUUAUAAUUGAUAUAAUAGAAAAACUUCCAGUACCGUUCGGAUUAGUAAGAUAUGGUGUUGCUCCUGAUCAUCCUGAAGUUAAAAAUGUCAUCAACCAGUUCACUAAACUAGCCCAACAACAGAAUGUAAAUUUUUAUGGCAACAUAACACUAGGCAAAGACAUAAGCUUGAAACAGCUGAGACAACAUUAUGAUGCUGUUUUAUUGACCUAUGGUGCAGAAGAAGAUAAAACUUUAGGUAUAGAAAAUGAAGACGCAAAAAAUGUUAUGGCAGCCAAGAAUUUCGUAGGAUGGUACAAUGGACACCCGAGAGAUAGAGACCUCAAUGUUGACUUAUCUGGACAAAUUGCUGCAAUCUUAGGCCAGGGGAAUGUUGCUUUGGAUAUAGCUAGAAUACUGUUGUCACCAAUAGACGACUUGAAAAAGACUGAUAUAACAGAACAUGCAUUGCAAGUAUUAGCUGAGUCAAAAAUAAAGGAAUUAUAUCUGGUAGGAAGAAGAGGACCAUUAAAUGUUGCAUUUACCAUUAAAGAGUUGAGAGAACAGAUUAAUCUUAAAAGUUGUGCAACUGUUUGGAGAGAGAAUGAUUUUGUUGGUGUAGCCGAUGUAGUCAGUAACUUAGCAAGGCCUAGAAAGAGAUUGACUGAGCUUAUGCUUAAAUCGUUAAAUGACAGUUUAAAAGAUCAAUCAUCUAAUGAGGCUCGAAAGUAUUUUAAACCCAUUUUCUUUAGGAGCCCCCAAAGAUUUUUAGUUGAUGACCAUAAUAAUUUGACUGGCAUAGAAUUGAUAUGUAAUAAAUUAGUUGGGGACAGAAUAGAGGAACAGAAAUGUGUUCCAACCAAUGAUAGGGAAAUUUUGAAUUGCAGUCUUGCAAUACGUAGUAUUGGAUACAGAAGCAUUCAAGUUGACCCGAAUAUAAAUUUUUCAAAUGGUUCAGUGGUAAAUGAUAAAGGUCGUGUUAUACUAACUGAAACAGGUGAUUUAGCGAGGCUCUAUGUUGCUGGCUGGCUAGGCACUGGCCCGGUAGGGGUGAUAUUACACACUAUGGGUAAUGCCUUCCAAGUGGCUAAAGGAAUAUGUGAAGAUUUACAAAAUAGUAAUCAAAAUUAUACAAAGGGUGGUUUUCAAGAAAUAAGGAAAAAUAUUUUGAAUAAUAACAUACCAGUUAUAGAUUGGCAGGGAUGGGAAAAAAUUGAUAAAUAUGAGAUAGAGCUGGGUAAAAAUUGUGGCAAACCUAGAGAGAAAAUUACCUUAAUUGAUAAGAUGAUACAAGUAGCAACUGCGUGAACCAUUAUGGCUGAAGAAAACUGGAAUGACGAUGGCGUCGAGGCGGGCAGCAUGGCUGUCGAAUCCAUGCCACUGCCGCAAGCGGCUGACAUUCCGGAAAUCAAAUUAUUUGGAAGAUGGAGCUGUUACGAUGUUCAGGUGUCCGAUAUGUCUUUACAAGACUACAUUUCUGUGAAGGAGAAGUAUGCCAAAUACCUGCCCCACUCAGCGGGUAGGUAUGCCCACAAACGUUUCCGUAAAGCGCAGUGCCCAAUUGUUGAACGUCUGACCAAUUCACUGAUGAUGCACGGAAGAAACAACGGCAAGAAACUGAUGGCCGUUCGUAUCGUCAAGCACGCUUUUGAGAUCAUCCACCUUUUGACUGGUGAAAAUCCUCUGCAGGUUCUUGUUACAGCUAUUAUCAACUCUGGGCCUCGUGAAGACUCUACUAGAAUUGGUCGUGCGGGUACAGUGCGCCGUCAGGCUGUGGAUGUGUCACCCCUACGCCGUGUGAACCAAGCCAUUUGGCUAUUAUGUACUGGAGCGCGGGAAGCUGCAUUCAGAAACAUUAAAACAAUUGCAGAGUGUGUUGCUGAUGAACUUAUCAAUGCUGCUAAGGGUUCAUCUAACUCUUAUGCCAUCAAGAAGAAGGAUGAACUUGAACGUGUUGCUAAAUCCAACCGUUAAGGGCUUUAUACAUAUAAGGAUAAUAAAAAUGUAAGAAAAC